AGAUAAAUAGGGGUCCAGCGGCGGUCAGAAUCAGUCAGAGCGUGAAGUGGGCACGAGGUGGAACAUUCUCUGUCAUUACAAAAUGGCGGCUCUGCGGCUUUCGGUAGUUUUAGUUGUGCUGGCAGGUUACGCUCUUGCGGACCCUGUUUCUCAUAAGUUUUCAGCGGAGCUGACGAAGAAGAUAAAAGAUGCAGAAGAAUCGUGCAAAAACAUAAAGGACGUCGGUCCACACGGCAGCAACGUCGAACUAUGCCGGUACAUGAACAUGGGAAUGUUAGACAAGGACGGACGAUACGUCGAGAGCGGCGCAAUCGACGUGAUUACAGUCGAUUUUCCCGAGCUUACCCGGGAUCAAGUAAAACGAGUGGCGAAAACGUGCAAUAAUGUGAACGAGAACAUCGCAGAAGGCUGGCAGCGCGCGAAUCAAGUAGGGCAUUGCCUCCGUGGAGAGUCUGUCAAGAUUACCGACCAAAACACACAUUAAGGAUAUCAACUCAAGAUCUAGUUGACGAAUCGAGCACGAGCAGCCAUUUAUACUUAAGAACUAUUAAAUGAUUAUUGUAAAC